AAAAUUGAAGUCAACGGAAUUUUAGUGUUUUUUUUUUUCCCCUAUGAUUCAAUCGCGUAUAUAAACCACCAUCAUUCGAACGUAAAUCUUAACUUAGGGAUCUCGAGGAGAACAUCGCUAUCUUCUCAAUUUAAUCGAGGUAUAAUAGCGCUUUGUGCGAGGGAAGAUGAAGGUCUUUGUACUUUUUGCGAUUCUCGUCGUUAUCGUUUACGUAUCUUGCGCAAGUGUUUCUGAAGUUGUUUACGAUGAAUCGAUUUACGAGUUGAGACAAAUUGAGGAAGAAAAUAUAGAACCAGAUACAGAAUUGAUAGAUUCCAACGAACCGCUACUACUACGACAUCGAAGGGUAACGUGCAACGUUUUAUCGUGGCAAUCAAAAUGGCUGAGCAUUAAUCAUUCAGCCUGCGCUAUCAGAUGUUUAGCUCAACGACGUAAAGGUGAUAGUUGCAGAAAUGGCGUGUGCAUCUGUCGAAUGUGAAUCGUUCGAAAAUUGAUUGUAUCGAUCUGUUCAUUUCCAAGAUUUUUUUCCAAAAGUUUCGU